AUGUUGGAGGAUCUUUGUAGAGAAGGAAAAUUAUCUACAGAACAAAUUCGUUCUAGAGUUUUGCAGAAUAUAAAUUCUGCUCUUGAAUCCAUAGUCAAGAACACUGAACAAUUUUAUCUUUCAGAUCUAUCAGUCCCUACAAAUGAAAUUGAUGAUUGUUGCAAAGAUAUAAAAGAUGAAAGCAAUAGAUUAGUGUCUGAGCUUGAUUUGAUGUCUGUGUCGUUUUUAAACACAGAACAACAACUUGCAUAUUCUCAAAUUGUUAAUACACUACUUUCUGGAAAUCCAGGAUAUUUCUUUAUUGAUGGACCUGGUGGAAGUGGGAAAACCUUUCUAUAUCGAGCAAUCUUGGCUACAAUAAGAACACACAAAUUGAUCGUUCUCGCAACUGCAACUUCAGGAGUUGUUGCAUCACUUUUGCCUAAUGGGCACUCUACGCACUCAUGGUUCAAAAUUCAUAUAGAUGUUGAAAGAAAAAUUUGUUGUAAUGUCAGCAAACAAAGUGGCUUGGCAAAACUUUUGAAACUUACUGCACUUAUAAUAUGGGAUGAAGCAUCGAUGGCAAGACGACAAAGUAUUGAAUCACUUGAUGAAUUGUUAAAAGAUAUCAUGGAUAGAAAUGGUAUAGAACAACAGACAUCUCCUGAAACUAUCAGAAUCCCUAAAGUGAUGUUUCUUCCUUACAAUAAAAACAUUGAUCCACUUCAAGAGUUUAUCACUUUUGUCUUCUCAAAUUUCAAUGAUUAUAAUGAAGAUCCACUUUUAAUGAUGAAUCGGGCUGCCUUGACUCUGAAAAAUGACAAUGUAGAUCACAUCAAUGAAAUAUUGAUAGAAGAAUUCCCUGUAGAUGAACACGUAUAUAACAACAUUGAUGAGACUGUUAAUAAAAGUCAGCAGAGCCAGUAUGAAGAUUUUCUUAACUCUUUAUCUGCUCCAGGAUUACCACCGCACAAAUUGUUUCUUAAAGAAAACUGCCCCAUUCUUAUGCUUCGCAACAUAAAUCCUUCCAAGAGAUUAUGUAAUGGAACAAGACUCAUUUGUCACAAAUUUGAAAAACAUGUUAUUCUCACUCAAAUUGUUGUUGGUGAUUGA